CACACACACACAUACAAACACACACACACAGAGGUCUAUUAGCGGGUCACACUCCGAAUAUCAUCACUCGAUCUUCUAGGAUUAUCACCUCAGUACAAUGCAGGCAGUCUUGGAGCAAUUGCAGAGGGAAUGAGGGAAAUGCACAUUCUGAUAACCGAGCGACUUUUUUCAACGAGUUGAAAGUUAAAAGAAAUCCUCUAGACGAUUUUUAAAGGAGGAGUGGGAUUUACGCAUGACGCACGGAUGAUUUGUGCAGUCUCACAUCGGAUGGCAAGAGCUUCUUUAUACAGCUUACUUAAAAACACACACACACACCUUAAUUUUGAAUGGAUUUGCGAUUAUUCGAAUUGUGCGAUUGCCAAAUGACUGAUUAAAUGGACUACAUGAGAAUUUCUGUCCAAAAUGGGCAGGUUUAUCAAGUGGAACCGGAAAAGAUGAUCCAGCAGAAUUAAUAUACGGUAUGAACUGUGGUCGAUUCUAGAUAUGCAUGUAGGUUUAUUCUAUUUUUCCAUCGAGGCCUUAUAGGUUAAAUGUGUAAUAUAUAUAGCCUAGGCGUCAUUUCCCUGAUCGAUUUCUUUGCAAUAUUACAUUUAGGCUAUUCAGUGCGUAAAUGCAUGCAGUGUGCGGCUUGCUGUUUUUGAGAGAAGGAUAAAAAAUCAAAAUGGAGUUUGUGAUAUGUAAAAACGCUCUCUGUUAUGGUUAGUCUUUUUGAACUUUUUUGGUAACUUUAUAGUGUAGUGUUAAAAAAAAGACAGUCGAACAAAACAAACGUGCUCUGGAUGUGAUGAGUCGCUGAAGAGGAGAAAGCUGCACCUUUCAUAUUUCCUUGCAUAUUGCGCAGCAGAGAAACUUAAAGUUUGAGGUGGGCUUUUAUUAUGCGAAGCGGUGCUGCGACGUGUCAGAAAUGAAGGAAAAGUCCAAGAAUGCGGCGAAAACGAGAAGAGAGAAAGAAAAUGGAGAGUUUUACGAGCUUGCCAAGCUCCUGCCUUUGCCCUCAGCCAUCACCUCACAACUGGACAAGGCCUCCAUCAUCAGGCUGACCUCCAGCUACCUGAAGAUGAGGGCCGUGUUUCCAGACGGUGUGGGGGAGGCAUGGGGCGAGGCGGCGCGCUGCAGUCCUCUUGACUCUGUGGCCAAAGAGCUCGGAGCGCACCUGCUGCAGACUCUGGAUGGCUUUGUGUUUGUUGUCGCCUCUGAUGGUAAAAUCAUGUAUAUCUCCGAGACGGCCUCAGUUCACCUGGGCUUAUCACAGGUUGAGUUGACAGGUAACAGCAUAUUCGAGUACAUCCACCCGUCUGACCACGACGAGAUGACUGCAGUGCUGAGCGCUCACCAGCCGAUUCACCCGCACUUUCUACCCGAGUACGAGAUGGAGCGAUCCUUCUUCCUCAGGAUGAAGUGUGUAUUAGCUAAGCGGAACGCAGGGCUGACUUGCGGUGGUUACAAGGUGAUUCACUGCAGUGGUUAUCUAAAGAUCCGGCAGUACGUGAUGGAGGUGUGCCUCUAUGAUUCCUGCUAUCAGAUUGUAGGUCUGGUGGCUGUGGGUCACUCUCUGCCUCCCAGCGGUAUCACCGAGAUCAAACUCCAUAGCAACAUGUUCAUGUUCCGUGCCAGCUUAGACCUCAAGCUCAUCUUCCUGGACAGCAGGGUGGCUGAGUUGACCGGUUAUGAGCCACAGGACCUGAUAGAGAAAACCCUAUACCAACAUGUCCAUGGCUGUGAUGUGUUCCACCUGAGAUAUGCGCACCACUUACUACUGGUAAAAGGGCAGGUCACCACAAAGUAUUACCGCAUGCUGUCCAAGCACGGUGGCUGGGUCUGGGUCCAAAGUUACGCCACCAUCGUGCACAACAGCCGCUCAUCUCGGCCGCACUGCAUCGUUAGUGUCAACUACGUUCUCACAGAUAUUGAGUAUAAGGACUUGCAGUUGUCUCAGGAGCAGCUCAGGGCCAGACCAGCCUUGUCCUAUAAGAGCUCCCACUCACCCCCACAGGACUUGCGCAAACAAUUCAAAGCCAAAACAGCCAGAGUCAAAACCAAACUCAAAAUGUCCCCAUACCCUCAGCUCUCCAUGCCCUCUGAUAAGUUGGAAUCCCCUCCAGGAGGUAGCUGGAAGUCAAGCCCUCCAUGCAGCCUCUCGGCCAGCCAGGAAAAGAGUCCAGUCUCACUGUCCAACCCCGAGCCGGGCGAGAUGCUGCCCUAUAGUCUGCCGCUGCCGUACUCGUGUGCACAAGCUCACACACACCUCCGUGAGGACUGCAGGAAGCUGCGGCCAGUGACCGGUUCCCCCGAGCAGGAUGAGUGUCGGCUCCUCUCAGCCGCAGCGGUCCACAGAGACGGACACUGGAGCAACACAAGCUCCCCCAAACCCCCUUUAAAUCCACACACACUCAAACCUUCUCUACACAACGGCAGCCCCAAUACCUCAUCGUAUGGCAACAGUUAUGCAGAUUGUGGCAGGAGGUUUUCCAACGAUUCCCUCCAUGAAAACUUCAGCAGCUGCUCGUCUUCCUCCAGACUCAGCAGCCGCUUCAAAGAGGAACCAUACGAACAUCUCUCCAUCAGCCAUAGCAGGCCACAGAGCCAUCUUCACAAUCCUCUACAAGGAAGCGCUGAGGCCAGGAAGCUCAGUAAAGACCCAGCGGAGAGGGCCGAGAUGGCAUUGUCUUGCCGGCUGUUGAGUAAGAGCACCUAUGAUCAGCCACGUGUGUGCCAGGGACUCCAGAACCUAAGCCAGAACCUUCCCAUGCAGAUGAUGGAACAGAAACGCAGGUUGCACAUAACCGAGACACCGUACAUCCCCCAGGGGCAGCAGCAAUCAGCUCGUGGGCACUGCGAUGCCUCCAGGGCUGAGGAGAGAACAGUACUGAAGGGACAAGCUCCAUACGUCUCUCUGAACCUUCACCACGUUCUGGCUAAGCACAGCUCCUUCCCAGUUGUGCCCUAUUCACUCGGGCACCUGACGGACAGCUACAGUUAUCGUGGGGAAGAACUCAAUCCCUAUUUGUACAGGGGCCAGAGCCCGCCCUCCCGCUCUUCCCCCGAAAACCAUGGCCAAAUUCAGCACUACAUCGGCACCUCAGUCAUUAUCACCAACGAGAGGUGACAUGCUCAGGGUCAAAUGUCUGGGGACGGGUAACAAGGACGUUAAGAAUCUUGUGCCAGCAGGUUGCAAGUGACCACAGAUUCGGACACAGCUGCACUCAUACAAGCCAAUGCUAAUCCGCAUGGAGCAACACAUUAUUUCAGGUACUAAAUAUAAUUCUAUUUUUGCAAACCGCAUAGCCAGUAGCGAGUGUCAGGGUGAGACGAGAGAGCCGGUGAUAUUUGAGGAAUAAAAUGCUGAGAACUGGUAUGUUAUCUGUGAUCAGCAUCCUAGUUGCUUAACAAACAUGUAACUAAAUAUGCAAGAGCAAAUCGCUCCACCUGAACUGAAAACUAAUCUCAAAGUAGGUUUGAUUUGACUGAAAUCCUGAUAUUAUAUUUAAAUCAAAGUCACGGUGCACAGACUGUUAACACCACCAACAACCUUUAAGAAUUGUGAUUUUUAAAGUUUACACAUAGCAUAAUGGGUAUGAUAUGUGAACUGUGAAAAUAAAUGUACUGAUGAAGAAACAAAAUCAAGCUCUGUGUAACCUAACAACCAAUAACCCACAAUGUUAAAGGGAAAUAGCCUUAGAUUGUGGCCAGCAAGGUGCAGAAAACCGAUUCUGCUUGAUCACAAAGAAACACUUGUUUAUUUCUGACACUGCUUUGACUUAUUUGUAAAAAAAAAAGAAGAAGAAGAAUUACAUCCAAAAGAUAUGGAAAUCAUAUGGAAAAGACACUUUGAAUCUGAAUAAA